AGCAGUCGUUGUUCCUUAGAGAGAGAAGCUCAACAUGGCAUCCGACGGAACACCGGUCGCCGAGGCUCUCCCGUCCGAAUUGGGGAAUGCAAUCGCGGCUUUGAAUACAUGGAGCAACCCGGACCUUCAUGCCAGGCUGGCCGAGCUCGGAGCACCAAACAUGGGUCCUCGGGAGGAGCUCAUUGACAGACUCAAGAGCUACAUGAUCCAGACUGGAAUCAUCCUCAACAAACCAACUGAUGACAAAAUGGGCCCUCAGAUGCCGGUGAUUCCACCUAUGCCCCCUAUGCCCAUGCCGCCAAUGCCUCCUGGCAUGAACAUGCUCCAGCCCCUGCCCAUGAUGCCCCCAGGAGCUCCCCCUCCACCCGGUAUUCCCAUGGGAAUGGAACACGCUCCUCUACCCCCUCCAGGUCUGUCCCAGGACGAUCAGCUGAAGAUCGCUCAGCAGAGAGCAGCCAUGGUUUUACAGCAGGAGGAACGGGCCAAGCAGCAGGCUGCAGUAAUGCUGGAACAGGAGCGGCACCAGGAGAUGGCCAAGAUGCAGACGAGGUCCAUGGCCUCUGCCGGGGACAUCAGAGGUCCACUUCCUCCUGGUGUCACCAUGCUGCCCCCCCAGAAACAGAGGGUGCCACCUCCUCCAGGAGAGGAUAGCAAGGAGGUCUGGCAGAAUGAGGAAAUAAGUGUCGGAGGACCUAAAAUCCCUCAGGUCCUAGAGAAGAUCCUCCAGCUGAAGGAGAUCAGACAGGAGCAGCUCACUGAUCCAGCAGAUGAAGAUGACUAUGAGGGAGGAGAGAUGGAUACAACCAAUUCCUCCGGACAAGUGAUGUCUGAGACAGAAGACGAUGGCCAGAUGUCUAAAAAAGAUAAAAACCGCAAGCGCAGGAACCGCAAAAAGAAGAGCAAGAAGAAGCGAGCACUGGAAAAGAAGGAGCAAGCUGAACAACAACAACAGCAGCAGCAGCAGAAGAAGAAGGAGGGCAGCGAGAAGGAGAAAGAGAAGGACAAAGGAAAAGAUCCAGAGGUGGAGAUCGAGUACGUCACUGAGGAGCCAGAGAUUUAUGACCCCAACUUCAUCUUCUUUAAGAGGAUCUUCGAAGCUUUUAAGUUGACUGAUGAUGUGAAGAAAGAUAAAGAAAAGGAGCCUGAGAAGGCUGAAAAGCUGGAGGUUGUGGGGAUGUUGCGCAAAAAAGGCUUUGAGUUGGAGAGAAAGGACAGCGACGACAGCGAUGAGGAAGGCAAGCCAGAUGUACCAAAGCUGUCCAAGAAGAAGCUGAGGAGGAUGAACAGGCUGACUGUGGCUGAACUCAAACAGUUGGUAGCUCGUCCAGAUGUGGUGGAGAUGCACGAUGUGACGGCCCAGGAGCCUAAGCUGUUGGUCCACUUAAAGGCCACCAGGAACACGGUACCAGUGCCGCGCCACUGGUGCUUCAAAAGAAAGUACCUGCAGGGAAAGAGAGGUAUAGAGAAGCCUCCGUUUGAGUUGCCAGAGUUCAUUAAGAGGACAGGAAUCCAGGAGAUGAGGGAGGCUCUGCAGGAGAAGGAGGAUGCCAAAAGCAUGAAAACCAAAAUGAGGGAGAAGGUUCGACCCAAGAUGGGGAAGAUUGACAUCGACUACCAGAAGCUCCACGAUGCUUUCUUCAAAUGGCAAAUUAAACCUAAACUCACCAUCCAUGGAGACCUUUACUACGAGGGUAAAGAGUUUGAAACCCGCCUGAAAGAGAAGAAGCCAGGAGAUCUGUCAGAUGAGUUGCGCAUCGCUCUGGGGAUGCCAGUUGGACCAAACGCUCACAAGGUACCACCCCCCUGGUUGAUAGCCAUGCAGAGGUACGGCCCCCCUCCCUCCUACCCUAACCUCAAGAUCCCUGGACUCAACUCCCCGAUCCCAGAGAACUGUACAUUUGGGUAUCACGCCGGCGGCUGGGGGAAGCCGCCAGUAGAUGAGAUGGGCAAACCAUUGUACGGCGACGUGUUUGGGACCAACGCCACGGAUUUCCAGGCUAAAGCAGAGGAGGAACAGGUGGACCACACUCCAUGGGGAGAGCUGGAGCCUUCAGAUGAGGAAUCGUCAGAGGAAGAGGAGGAGGAGGAGAGUGAUGAAGAGAAGCCAGAUGAAACUGGAUUCUUCACACCAGCAGACAGUGGGUUAAUCACUCCUGGAGGCAUCACAUCAGUACCGGCCGGCAUGGAGACUCCAGAGCUGAUUGAGCUGAGAAAGAAGAAGAUCGAGGAAGCCAUGGAUGGGAAUGAGACGCCACAGCUUUUCACCGUUCUACCAGAGAGACGAACUGGCCCCGUAGGAGCGGCCAUGAUGGCCUCGACGCACAUCUACGACAUAACAGGGGUUGCCCGCAAGACCGGUGGAGGGCAGGAGUCGCACGGUGUAGAGGUGGCCCUGGCCCCUGAAGAGUUGGAGCUUGACCCGAUGGCCAUGACUCAGAAAUAUGAGGAGCAUGUCAGAGAGCAGCAGGCCCAGGUGGAGAAGGAGGACUUCAGCGACAUGGUGGCUGAGCACGCUGCCAAACAGAAGCAAAAAAAGAGGAAGGCCCAGCCACAGGACACACGAGGCGGUGCCAAGAAAUACAAAGAGUUCAAGUUCUAGAAACACCAACACCAGGCACCACAUUGAGCUGGCCGCAGCAGGAUGUGAAAUGGAGAGACGGGCUCCAAUUUCAGUUUCAGAGGAUGUACACAACACCACCUCUCCACUUUUGGUUCAGUACUGGGUUUUUGUUCCCUUUUUAAAAAAUUAUGCAUCAACAAUGUUGUCUGGCUACAUGUCAUGUAACUGGUGUCAUAUGCAUUUCCUGUUUAACUUGUACGUUUUAGGUCUGAGCUAUUUUUUCACCAUGUUUUUUUUUUUCUUCUGGUUUUUGUAAAUAAAUGUGAUUUUAAAAAAACA